CGGAUCGCAAUUGACGCCCGGACAGAAAGUUGAUUGACAUCAGAAAAUUCAGUGGAGUUUUCAUAUUUUAGUUUACAUCUUAUAGUAUUCGUUUCUGAAUUGGACUUCGUCAUUUUGAUUCGUCUUCAUGACUGUUGGUGUAAGAGCGGAGCCUCUCCCCCUGGGUGAUCAUGGCGGAUAUAGUGUGCCUAUCACCCGAAGAUUUUGAGGUUUUUGAUGACCAAAUCGUCCCAGAUCCUGACGAUUGUUUCCUACCGCCCAACGAAGCGACUACGGCUUUGCUAACAACCUCAACCUCUACUACAAGCAGCACGAUAACCUCCCAGGCAAAAACCGAACUGGAUCAAUAUAUUGCACAACUCUGUUCGGAAAACGGCUUAAAUUCACCAUUAUUCAAGAAACCACGACGAGAAAGUGCUUCAGUUGUGGACGAAUUUUUUCAGGAGGACAAAAGUGGUGUUGAUUUGAACUUUAAUGUUAGCAUGAACUUGAAGAUGUUGCCUAGAUUAUCGCAUCACUACCAUAACAAUUACCACAGGAGUGGCUACCAGUACAUGAAAAUGGAAAAUUCUUUCAAUAACAUUCGGCGAGAGAGUUCAAGUCUUGUCGACGACUUCUUUCAUAUUGGUGGUGAAAAAACAAUGAAUUUCGAACACUACAAUAAAAGUAUUCAAAACACUGUACCACUAGGGCCACCUGAGGUACCAAAUGUCUCACUGCCAAAAAUGCCUGGGUGUUCUGAACCCAAUUCUGUUGUUAAGAAAAUGGACUUGGAAGGCGGUGUUGAUAAUUUUUGGGAUGAUUUUCAGCAGUGUUUGCAGACUACUAGGACGGGUGGCAGAGAUGAAAAUAUGGAGCCGCCUAAUAUGAAAAACAUGCAGGGAGGUAUGAUGCAGCGGUCGUGUCCCUCCGAGGCCGAGUUUGAUUUGGGGAAGGUGAAGAAAGAGCCUGGAAUGGAGUAUGAGAACUGUUGUAAUUACGAACUUGGUAAAACGAUUGAUUGCAAACAGGAGAGUCUCGAGCAGAGCAGCUGCCAGUACACGAGCUCUCCAAUGCAAUGUGGUUCACCACUGGAUUGCUCAAACACACUGUCUUGCUCAACCUCUAUGGGUCCAUGUUCAGUGAACACGUCGUGUGUGGUUUCCUGUUCCAGUUCUUGUUCGCCGGGUGUGGACAAGACGGAGCGCCCGAAAUCGCUGAUUCUUCCCAAGCCAUCGUUAAAUCUAAUCAUGCCGCCUCAUCAAAAUUUGGCCACACCGUCGUCAGGGAGUUCUUGUCCAUAUUCUGUCGCUCCGAUGAUGUAUCAGAAUGCCAACAGUCGACCAUAUGCGUAUAGUGAUUCCGGCAUGUCAAGCCCACAGUCGAUGCCACCCACACCGCCUGCGUCUCAACCGGGCAGUCCCAACGGUGACGAGUACCCACCUCCUCCGCCAUAUCCAGGGACUGCCAAUGUGACGCCACUCAGGUACCUCGUGUCUGCCCCACUGCUGAAUGAUGGCAUGCACCCGGAGAUCCCUCGCACGCCGUCCGGUAUGGUUAGGAACACGCACCCCGGCUGCACGACGAUACGCUAUAACAGAAAAAAUAACCCAGACCUUGAGAAGAGACGAAUCCACUACUGCGACUUUCCCACAUGUAGAAAAGCUUAUACCAAAAGUUCUCAUCUGAAGGCUCAUCAGCGGAUACACACAGGUGAAAAGCCGUACAAGUGCCAUUUCCCAUCAUGCCAGUGGAGGUUCGCGCGAUCGGACGAGCUGACCCGCCACAUCCGCAAACACACCGGUGCUAAGCCAUUUCGUUGUCGAGCUUGUGACCGCAGCUUUGCUAGGUCUGAUCACCUUGCGCUGCACAUGAAGCGCCACGAGCCAAAGGCCAAGUGAAGAGGGUCAAGGUCGCCUGUGAUAUGCAGAUUUCUCGAUCUUUAGCUGACAGCUUGAUGCAUUUACUGUCGUACUAAGCCGUACUACUCCAUUACAACGCUGCGGCAAUGUUUUUGCUCUUCCGUACUCACACUCUGCGGUGAAUUAGGUACCGGAUAUCUCCUGUAGAUGGCGAUGGAAGACAAUCAUAUCGAUAGAAGAAACAGACGGAUGGAAAUGCGUGCUCGUAAUAGACAGACUCGAAAAGACUUUUCCUUGUGAAAAAAGCUGUGAACAUUCAGAAUGAGGUUUUAAGAUUUCUCAACUCGAGAAGGCAUGGGGAAGUAGGAUACAGAAUGUGAAAGAACUUGGUUGAUAGACAGAAGGUAAGAGAAGGAACAUGGUUAACUUUGUCCAGUCACUUCAGUCGAUGGAAUUCACUCGAUGUUUAACAUAACUCAUAUUCAGCUAGUAAGCAUAUAUAAGGUGGAAUUCAUUGUCACAUGUCAUCAUCACACACACCUCUGGGACCAACUCUUUACUUUUGUAUCUUCAUUUGUCACACAUAUAUUUGACCUUUGGGUGACCUUGGGGUCAAAUGGCUGCCAUUUUGGUCUUGACAAGUUUGCACUUGGACUGGUUUUCAGGACUGUACGCAAAAUUGAAUGGAAUUAUGUUGUUUUGGGACAUUUUCAAGACCCUUAGUAGUUAUCUAGGAAAAUACUAAAUGACAUUGACAUCAAAACUGCAAUAUUUUCAUCUGGGUUUUCAAAAGUGUUUGCAUUUCUACGCAUUAGUAAAUAAGUUGUUGUAAUCUGAUGAUACCCUUUACAGUCUAAUUGAUAUUUGAAUUGAUGGUGUCUACAAUACUGCUCAUUCAAGAAUGCACUUGACAUCCCUCCAACCGAAAUGGAUGUCACUCAUGUACACAGUUAUUGUGCCAAGUGGACUGUACCAUUUUCAAAAUGUAAGGGACUUACCUCAGAUUUCAGAUGUCAGUACAUUAUUUUACUAUUCAAAGUCGGGCACUAGAUGAAUAUAACAAUUAAGGCGUGAUUUAAAAUAAAAAAAUUUAAAUUUGAAUAAAAUUAAGUGGUCAGGCAAAGUGAAUAUAUAUUAUUACCGAUCAAAUAAUGACAUAUGCAGCAUUUAUUAAAAGAUCCCUGCAGCAUCACAGGUCAACAGACAGAGUAUGGUGCAUUGUCGUUAACUGAAAUAAUUAUCCUCUUAAUUAGGCAUUUAGUGGACAUUUUCAUGGAAGAUAGUUUUGAUCAGUUAGGCAUAAUCGAUUUCGUUUUUGGCUAAUGAAUUUGUUGUUUGUUUGGUGACCAUCCCCCCCCGGGAAAUAUUGUAAAUAUUCCAUUUAGUCGCCUACUUGUUGCAAUUAUCAUGAUAUUUAACGGAUACCUAAUGAGAAUACGAGUAAAUAAUCUAUUAUUUGCUUAAAUAAUGUCACGUUUUUAUCACCAGCAAUUUCCAUAUUCAGAAUAUGAUGUGCCUGGUUAAAGAGCCCAAGUUAAUGUCUUUAACCCAGUUCUGACCAGUCCAGACCACAUCUCAAAAGAGAAUUCAAAUCUGCAGCACCACCAACAUACUCACCAUCCAAGCUUAAUUGAAUGUCAGGCAAUAUAUUCCCUUUAAUGUUUGUGACAUAAGUAAUGUUACAAGAGCUUUGCUGCUCUUGAGCUUUCAAAUCAUCAGAUUUCGCUUUUCUGCUAAAAAAAAGUGGUAAAAAAUUACGGUUUGGAAUCUCUUCGCCUUGUGUAAAUUUCAAGGUAAGAGAAAAUCUGAUGCAGCAGCCCUUUUAUUUAUUUAAAGCUUGUGGGAAAUGAACUGUCAAAAAAGUAGUGCAAGCAUAAUUGAUUUCCGACACCACAUGGAGAAUCCCACAACGCAGUUGUGCCGAUAAUGUGUUUUGAUAUGUCAAUCAACUUUGAAAGUUCUCUGCGAUGUCUUAUUACCUUAAUUUCAACUGUGAUUAGGGGCCAGAGUCAGAAAAUUGCUGUAAUACUUCCAAAUCUAGGUCUAAACAACUCCUUUGACCCUCUCUGUACUUAUCUUUUGGGAAAAUUCCAUAAGUUCUUUUCAGUAAAAAGUAAUGCUCUUCCCUGUUUGGUAUUAUCGGGUGACUUAGAAUGUCGCUUUGGUCUUGUGAAGUUUUCAGUUGUGAAAAAGAGUUUCUUGAAAAUGAUUAUGAUGUUGUGUUGUAUUGUGAUUAGGGAGUUCACUCCCUACACCCUACCUCCGAUUGGCACUUUGUCAAAUGUUACGAGUUCUUGUGGUUAUGCCGAAACUUCUAGGUUAAUGGAACCUAGGUUCGUCUGUGUUAUUUUUGUACCAUUUUCACGUUCUGUCUUCUUCAUGUUGAUUGAAAUGAAUUUUACUGUUAGAACUUAGGUGCUCAUGUAAUGGUUGCGACAUAUGUGCAUGUACUAGAUGUGUUAAGAUUUAUAUGUGAAGUCAACCCCAACUUAUGCUUGGUUAAUUUGACUAGUUACUUCGGAGUAUUUCGGGGAGUAUUUUUUCUGAACUUUCUUUUGUGCGAAGUGAUUUUGACCGUGCAUUAGUGAUUUGAAUCUAUCAUCUGUAGCAUUUGCCAGUUUAAUCUGAUAUCUAAAGAGAAACAUGACUUUGAAGACAUGAAGUUGUGGAGUCCCACAGGGAGCGUCUCUAUGACCAUUGCUAGAUAUGGUCUAUCUAAUUGGCUAGAAAUAUCCAUCUGCCUGCCACAACAACCUUUCAUUUCUAAAAGUGUGAUGUGUUUUAUCAUGAGAUGUUUUGAAAUAGAUGCCAGUCACACAAAAAAUUGCACUUCACAAAAAUGGGCAUAUUUCUUGAUGAUUACUCAUGUUUUUUUUGUUAUGAGCAGAAUUAAUUGACUUAAUGCUCAUCGAUUAUGUAAAAGACGAAUCCAAGUUUCUCUUAUUUAGUUCAGCCUAACUUGCCUGUAGUUUUUCAUACACUGAAGACAGUGAUUGUAGUGGGAACAUUCCAAGUUAGGAUGGAUUGGAUGAGUACUUGAGUGGAUGCCGAUUGAAAGCUUGUUUCUGGUUAAAAAGUUUGUUGAUGAAUUGGUUUUGGGCCUCACAUGAUAAUUAACAUGAAUGGUGGCAGAAAUAUAGAAAGAGCAACUAAAAUAGAUAGUGGGAGAAUGACGUGAAAAUUCAGUCUUAAGUAACAUAUCGAUGUAUUUUACUCUGAGGGAAACUUGAUUGGCAAGUUUUGUGCUUCUUUUCGUCAUGGCCUUGUACAAUUGAUAUUUCUAUCAUUUCUGAGGAAACAAAUUGUAAAGAGGAAAUUGGUGAAACCGCCUAUCUGUGCAGUUCAAAAAGCACCCUCUGAUUUUGAUCAUUCAGUGUAGAUAAAUCAUAUUAAACACAUUACUAUUUGACAUCAGUCGCUGUGAACAAUUUGCUGCAUUUCAGUUCCAUGGUUGUCAGUCAUGUACGUAAAAGACAUGACUUUGAAGACAUGAAGUUCUUUAGUGCCACAGGGAGCAUCUCUAUGACCAGUGCUAGAUAUGGUCUAUCUAAUUUGCAGGCAAUUUGCUACAUUUCAGUUCCAUGGUUGUCAGUCAUGUCUUGUUGAGGGUUUGUUGUGUUGUGACUUGGCAGGGAGGGGGUCAAGUUGUGUUUACGUACAACUUUGGGUGAUUUGAAAGCCUGGUGUUAGCACUGGUAGUGGUAUCAAUAGACAAUAAAAUGCCAUCAGUAUUAACACCAACUUUCAAAUCGUCAAUUUGAGUCAUUUGUGUUAGUAAUAACAUGAUAGUACGAUAUUUGCAUGUUAUUGGGAAAUUUUCCAAACGUUCCUCCCAGUUGUUUGUACAUCAUUUUGUGUAUAUAUUACUGCAUUGGAUAUAAUACAAAUGUUAAGUUAUGGGCCAAUGUAUGGCCGACUCUUGUAGACUACAUAUUGUCAAAUUGUCUAAAUAUAUGUAUGAAUGGAUAUUAUCAUCAUAGUAGUAUUUGUAGUAUAAUCAUUUCAUACCGACAUGCCACUCAAAUAUCAAUUGUACAAUUUUAUAGAAAUAGUGACUUGUGGUAUUGUGCUUGUAGAUUUCUGACAACACUCUUGGCGAUGAUGAUAGUAAGCCUCACUUGAACUCAAUCGGUAUGUUCUUGAACCUUUCUCCACUAAUGCUGAACAAUUUUGGACUUGGUGAGCCCUCUUUCUUUAAAAAUAAUGUUUUAAAAAGUGCUUUGUCACCAUAGUCUUGAAUCAAUACAUGACAUAUUUGAUUAGGAAAAUUCCACUAGAGUUUUGUAAAAAAAAAGUGUUAAAAAUCAAUUGUUUGUUUCACUUUCGUGUUCAUAUUGAUUGAGUUCAAGUGAGUAAAAAUCCCUGUACAUUUUGAUUUGAUUACACUUUGAAUGUACAGGCAGUUGUGAUUAGGUUGAUUUGAAAUGGACUUCCUUGGUCGAGAUUCUGAGUCGGUACAUUAUACGAAGAAAAUGUUUUAUAGGCAUAGCAAUGACUGAAUCAUGCAGUCCGGCAUGAAGUAGCUAUUGAAAUGGUCAAUUCUCUUUUAUCUUCCUACAGGCCUAGCGGUUAAAAUCAUUGGUAUAAUCUUUCUCGUUGUGUGCGGAUUGAUCUUAACAUCAGCCAUACGUCAUGAUUAUUGGAACUGGCGGGCAAAUUGUUUGAUAAUCCAACAGAUGUUUCGAUUAUAUGUGCAUAGUUUCCAUGCUUCUCAUAAGCAACAGCUUUUGUGGAUUGUGUUCAGUCAGGGUGUAACGAAAAACACGUGCAUUUGCUGCACAUAACGUUACCCUUUGCAUAUCUAGUUUGAUUGGGACAAAAGUAUCAAUAAAUAAAUUACUCGGAUGGAUCUUUUAUCGAUUAAACAAUUCGCCGUCAAUUGUGAUUAACCGAGAUAUAAUAAGGAUAAGGCCUCGUCAAUAAGACCAGGGAAUCUCUGUUUGAAAUCUUGGAAGUUUUCCAUAUGUUGACACUUCAGACUGGUUCCAAUGUCAUUGAACAACUGCGACCACUGCCAAGGACAGAAGCACAUAAUGUCAACAAAUUUUGUUUGGACAUGUCUUCUUUUAUUUAGAAAAUAAGUUAUAUUUAUCUGCUCAAGUCGAGUUGAACAAAUUGUGUCCGGUUUUGAUCUUGAUCAGGACAUUAGUUAAGCGUAGUAGGAUGUCAUUAGAGAGAGCUCUAAUGAUAAGAAUUCGAAGAGAAUUUUCAGUUGGCCUGGUAGGAAGUUGAAUAUGAUUGACCAGUUUUGUGGGCUUCAUGCUGUGUUUUUCGCAAUUUUACGUUGAACCAUGUUGACAGAUUGUUAAAACUUUACGCCAACGUAUUGGCACGGUGACAUAACAUUUUCAUGAUUGUUCAGUCAUCUUGUUUUGGGUCUUGCGCUGUAGGUUUAACCUAUGAGUGUCCUUGAAUAAUAUUGCAAUAGAAAAGAACUAGUCAAAGUCUUAGAAGUCGUCUCUGUGUGUUGCAUUCCAUUACAAUUUAUUAUUUGUAAUAGUAUGGUUAACAGCAUUUGUUUCACCUUGAGUUGACGUUGCUUGCCGGUUAAUAUAGUACAGCAUUAUAUGGGCCAACAUACUGGUGACCAAGGUCAACGUAGGGCGAAAUUAUGAGAAUGGUACUGAUUUAUAACUAUUGUUUUGAGCUAGGCAAUAUGCAUCAGUGUGAACAUUCCAAUCAGGACUCCCAAAUAUUGUUCAAGUUGGAAAUUUUAAAUGCUUUUUUGUCCAUCUGACCAAAGACAGACUAAUAAGAAGCACUUCUCUUGAAAGAAACACACAUCAUUAUUUGAUAAAUUUUGACCAAACUUCAGCCAAUACUCUAAAUUGCUUUGUAAGAGCAAGUCAUUGGGCCAGAUCUGUGACCUCUUAGAAAGUAUUUUUGAGUAUUUCACAAGAAUAAAUAUUUGGGUGUCCAUGACAUGCUAACUCAAGCCAUAGGGUGCUUCUUUCGCUGUAAACCAAAGUUUGUUUGACCUCAAAGCUCAUUUUGUAAAUUACAAGGAGUUACGUCUCCUUUCAUUCAAUCUGUUAACCAAGAACUUUGGCAAGAGUAAAUUUAUUAUAUGAAGAUGAUAAAAAAGCCUGCAGAGCUCGAUGAGGUAUAGGUUUGAAAUUACGUUUGGUGUAAAGGGCUAAUGCUGACGAUCUCAAUAACAGAGUGUAAACAUAGUGUAAAUACCCAUAACGAUUAUCAUAUUCCAUAGUUGCUGGAAAGUAGGAAAUACAAUUCAUUGUUCUGAGACAACUUUCAAAAGCUCCCAUCAUUUUUGUAAAGAAACUCAAAGUAAGUCAGAAUUUAUAUAUCUUACUGAAAAGCAGAAAGAUUUUUUUGACGAUUUUUACCUUUCAGAAAUUUGUAAUUGUACAUAGAAUAAAUGAAAUUUUACAAGAUUCAAAUAAGUAAGUGGGAAGAGCUUUUUAAGUUGAUGAAAAAUGGGACUAUUUCUGAGGUUUUAACGUUAGUGGGCAUACUUUGCCAUUCGAAGGUGUUACAACAUUGUAAUCUUAACCAGUGGUAUAUGUUGAAGUUAUAUGAGGUGUAACUUGGGUUAAUUUCAAUUUUUAUCAGCAACUACCAAAAUCUGUGGAUUAAUUUGUCAUUGUAUGCAAUGAUUCUUUGUUUAUUGUAGAGUGCAGAAACUUUGAUAAGUGAGGUCACCCCCACAAGGUCUUACUGCUAUGCCUAUUUCAGGUAAUAAUUUAAACUUUUGUACAGACUUUCUGACGUGAUUCAAAUCGUCAUAUCUAAUAUAUUCGUAAUCUUCAAUGUUGUCUUUGCAGUUUUUAGAAUAUGAUAUAUGAAUUGACUAAGUUUAGUGAAAUUAAAAGAGUUUUAUAUAUACGACUUUGAAAGACAGCAAUUUGAAUACUAAUUAACAUAAGACAAGGAGUUUCUAAUUCAAAUUUCAAAUAAACUUUUCUUCCCACGUGGAAAAUUAUGAAUGUUGUUCAGCAGUUCUAGUGGCUUUAAGUGUUAAUGUAUAAAGCUAGAUGUAGUCUUGAUUAGUGUGUGUCAGGUUAACUUGACACUAGAUUCUUUGUACAGAUGUACACCAAUCUGUACAGUGAUGUACAGGAAUCUAGUUUCGAGAUUUGUUGACACAAAUGCAGAUAAAUGGAUGUAGAUUGAUGUUAGGAAAACCAGUGGACAAUUUCUCCCUUCUCGACGCAGAUAUUCUAACUUACUUUUAGACAGCGUAAAUGGGCUGGUACUGAGCAGUAAAGAAGAAGAGACAUUUCAUUGUUAACCGAUGGAAACACCUGCCAAAUCUCAACUAAGAUAUUUGAGAAAUGUAACCAAUAUUUUGUCGACAAUACUAAUAUUGACACUUUGUUUGUCCAUUGAAACAAACUUUUAAAAAAAUGAGAAAAGUUUCCAAUAUUCAGCUAACGUAGAAGUAUUUUCUCUUUUGAACUGAAAAUGAAAGAAUUAGGAAAAGUUACCAUUGGCAGUUCUUUUCGCUUGUGGUUACAGAGUUCAUUUUGAAUGUGGUUUUUGAGAUGGAUGGGUUUAAAACUAUCAAGUCAAACAUAGACUAGAAUGUCAAAAUUCAAUGUUUCUGGGAUUUGGCAGCGUUUUCAAAGGUGAUCACUUUCAUAACACUGUAAUCGUAACACUGUUAGUGUUCUAGGAGCAUUCCAUCUAUUCCAUCUAUUCUUCUCAUCUCCUUUAUUUAUUAACUAGGGGAAAGUUUUCACCUUUUCCUUAGCAUCAUAUGUAUGCAAACUUGCAUUGUGAAUGGUUUCCAUCAUUCAUAUACAGAACCUUGGUUUCAAAUUUCAAAUACAUUUACUUGAGUGCAUUAAUGUACAAUCGCUCAUAUGUAAAUGUACAGUUAAUUCUUACCAAUUGAAAUGGUCUUGUAAAAGACCAAGUUUUGAAAUAGAAUUCCAUGAAUGGUGCUUAAAAGUGCUGCAUGAUGUCAGUUAUAGAUCAUGUUAAAUAUGUGUGCUUUGAAAUUCUAUAUGUGCUUUAAAUAGAUAUUGAAAAAGUGACUUUUUGAUUGGUCCAGGAUGAGUCACAUGAUUGAUAUGACAGAACUGAAAGAGUUACUGCAAUGCAGAAUGUAAGACUGGAGAAUCAAAGACAAUUGAUUCCAACGUAGUUUGAAACCCACGGUUAGGUUUUGAACAAGUGUUUACUCCGAAACCAAGGUUUUGUUUAUGAAGAUUUACUAAGAGUCGGUUUUCACGAUUGAGUUGCCAGUACCAGACCCAAGUGUAGAAUAUGCCACUUUCCAUCACGGUAUUGUGCUGUCGUUAUGCAUUUACUGAGUUUUCCUUGCCAGCUGGUUUACAAAUGUAUAUUUUUAAAGCCUUUGCAAAUAAAAAAACCCUGUGAUACAUGAA